UAUACUUCAAUUGUCCAAAUUCAUUUUUAAAAAAAAGUUAUAAACAAAAGUCAAAAAGGUGGCCGACCUAGACUAUGUUCCCCUAUAUAAACAAAUUUGAAAAUGAUGAAAAAGUUAAAAACUUUAUAACCUAUAUUUGUAGCAGCUCGAAUCAAGAAAAAAUUGUAUACAUAAUUUGUCUUCUAACGUAUAACGACAAUAACAAACAUAACCAAGAAUUUAAAAUUUUAAGACUAUUACAAAACGUUAUCUUGCAUUAUUAUUAUGAUUAUGAAAAGUUGUGGUUUUCAAUAUUAGAAUCAAUUUAUAAAAGCAGAUUUACUGAGAGUAAGAAACUACUGUUGAUGAAAGCACAAAAACAUUAUGAGGCAAUAUUGAGAAUCGAUGAAAAAAAACAAGAUCUUAUGAGGGAAGCUUUUCACAUGGUGAACAAUUCUCUAAAUUCACAAAUUGAUCAUUCAUGUAAUUCAUUAAAUAAUGGAACCUAUAAAUUGCAUCUUCAAGGAAAUGUCAUUAAUUUUAGUGAUAUUUUAUACACACAAUAUUGUCCUGGAAAAGUGACAGUUUUGGAAAUGUUUGCUUUUGAUAAAAUUAUCAUUGAUUACGAUCUGAUUAGUAAUGAAUUGCAACAAGUCAUUAUAUUAGCACCAAAUUGGGAAAUUAUUUCAAACAGAAUUAUACGUUUAGAAGGUGCUCCUGGAGAAAAUAGUUGGAAGGCGGGAACAUUUUCUGAUCGCAUAUAUGGUUUACACGGUUCACCCGGAGGACCCGGAGGAUCAUUAUUUGGAAUCGCUGAUAAUAUUGUUAAUGGAGAAAAUUUGCAUAUUGUAAUUAAAGGAGGCAAAGGAAGUGACGGACAAGACGGUUAUGAUUUGGUAUGGAAUUUUGAAAAUAUUUCUUGGUGCGAUACAUUUCGAGAGAAUUUUGAAGGUGAAGGAGGAAAAGGUGGAACUAGCGGUGCUUAUAAAAUUCAUUUACCAAGUAACGUAAAUGAUUCGAAAAUACAUUUUACGCUUUCUAAAGGUAAUGACGGUAGGUCUGGUAAAUUUAUGAGAUUAGAAGUGGAUUAUGCUUACAUUCAAAAUAUGGUUAUAGUAAAAGAAAGUCUUUGCCAAAUAGUAGAUCGAAGAAUGAAAAAUGAACUAAGUAUUAGUUCCUCUAAUAUAGAUACUGAUAUUUUUGAAGACAAUUUUAUGACAAGUAUAUCACAUUACAGAAUAUUCAUUUUAAACAAAGCCCUUACUUUACUGAACGAAGGGAAUACGUAAAUUUAUAUAAAAAGUUUAACGAUCCGCAAUUUGUACCAUUUCCCUUUCUAGAUGACUUUAACUAUGAACUAUUAGACUUAAAAUACUUCUACUCUUUAAAAAGAAAAACAUCUGUUUUAAAUUCUAUGUAUACUGAAAUGCGAGAAGUUCUCAUGUUGCUUAAAAAACAAAAAAAUUCUACUAAUAAGUACGAAAUAUUUUCAUCUAAAUUAAAUGAACUGUAUAGAAAAAUGAACUCAAAUGUAUAGAGGCGAUUCUUCAGGAUGUGGUCACUUUUGACAAACUUACUUUUUAAGAAAAACAUUUUUUUUAAUUAACUUUUUACUUAUAAAUCUUAUCAAUUAGUAUUAAUCUUCUAGAUUUAGAAUUGGUUGAAGGAGGCCAGUAUAUGUUGGAUGAUGAAAAUGUGUGUAAUGACAAAUUGUUAAUCAAAUUGUAAGGAAUUUGAUUUACUCAGUUUCCUAUCAGACGUUUAGUAUGAAAAAAAUGAUAAACAAUAGUUAUUGUUAAUAUAAUGUACAGCAGUUGACAUUAAUUUUGGAAGAAUGGGAAUUUUAUUAAAAAGGCUUAUUUAAUGCAAAUCUAUGCCGAUUAAAAAUGUCUACUAUUUUCUACAUAUACUCAGUAUAUGUUUUUAAGUGAGAAAAAAAUUAUAAACAAUAGCUAAUGUUUAUAAAAUGUACAGCAGUUGACAUAAAUGUCGGAAAAAAGGGCGAGUACAUUAAAAAUUUUAAUUUAAGACAAAUCUACGUCGAUCAGAAGUGUCUACUAUUUUUUUCCAAACUUAGUACUUGUCCCUCAGUAAAAAAAAAUUAUAAGCAAUAGCUAUUGUUUAUAUAAUGUACAGCAAUUGACAUUAAUGUCGGAAAAAUGUGGAUUUUAUUAAAAAGUUUUAUUUGAGGCAAAUCUAUGGCCGAUUAAAAAUGUCUACUAUUUUUUUCCAAACUCAGUACUUGUCCCUCAGUGAGAAAAAAAUUAUAAACAAUAGCUAUUGUUUAUAAAAUGUACUGCAGUUGAUAUUAAUGUCAGAAAAAUGAUUUUUGAGAUUUAAUUUAACAUUUUUUUUUUGUAAAGGUAGUAAUGAAAAAAUUUUUAUUAACAAUAUAUUUUUGACUCACCUCUUUACACCUUUUUGUUAUUUUCUUUCCUUAUUUAAAAAAACUAUGAUAUAAAGUACAACUUCAGUGUCGUGAUGAAUCCUCUUUCCUUUCUGUUCCCUC